AUGGGUCCACGCUCUAGGCUCUUCCUCUGCUUUCUGCUCUGGGGAAGCACGGGGCUCUGCAGCCCCCAGCCCUUCUGGGAUGAUGAAACCGAGCGCUUCAGGCCGUCGAAGCCGCCCACCGUGAUGGUGGAGUGUCAGGAGGCCCAGCUGGUGGUCACGGUCGACAAAGACCUUUUCAGCACUGGGAAGCUCAUCCAGCCUGCGGACCUCACCCUGGGCCCCGACAACUGCGAGCCGCUGGCCUCCGCAGACACGGAUGGCGUGGUUAGGUUUGAGGUCGGGCUGCACGAGUGUGGUAACAUCUUGCAGGUGACCGACGAUGCCCUGGUGUACAGCACCUUCCUGCUCCACAACCCCCGCCCCGCGGGAAACCUGUCCAUCCUGAGGACUAACCGUGCGGAGGUCCCCAUCGAGUGCCGCUACCCCAGGCAAGGCAACGUGAGUAGCUGGGCCAUCCAGCCCACCUGGGUGCCAUUCAGGACCACGGUGUUCUCCGAGGAGAAGCUGGUUUUCUCUCUGCGCCUGAUGGAGGAGAACUGGGGCACUGAGAAGAUGAUGCCCACCUUCCAGCUGGGAGACAGAGCCCACCUCCAGGCCCAAGUCCACACCGGCAGCCACGUGCCCCUGCGACUGUUCGUGGACCACUGCGUGGCCACGCUGACUCCGGACUGGAGCACCUCCCCUUACCACACCAUCGUGGACUUCCACGGUUGUCUCGUCGAUGGUCUCACUGAUGCCUCGUCUGCUUUCAAAGCACCCAGACCUAGACCGGAGAUCCUCCAGUUCAUCGUGGACAUGUUCCAUUUUGCUAAUGACUCCAGAAACACGAUAUAUAUCACCUGCCACCUGAAGGUCACUCCGGUUGACCGAGUCCCAGACCAACUAAACAAAGCCUGUUCCUUCAGCAAGUCCUCCAACAGGUGGUCUCCGGUUGAAGGCCCCACUGACAUCUGUCGAUGCUGCAGCAAGGGGCGCUGCGGCAUUUCAGGCCGUUCCAGGAGGCUGUCCCACCGGGAGGGCCAGCCUGUUCCCCGAAGUCGCAGGCACGUGACGGAGGAAGCAGACGUCACAGUGGGGCCGCUGAUCUUCCUGGGGAAGAUGAGUGACCGUGGCGUGGAAGGGCCCACCUCCUCUCCCCCUCUGGUGAUGCUGGGCUUAGGCCUGGCUACUGUGAUGACCCUGACUCUGGCCGCCAUUGUCUUGGGUCUCACUGGGAGGCGUCGGGCUGCUUCUCACCCUGGCUGGGGUCCCGGGGACGCGGGGGAGACCGAGCCGAGCUGGGACCGGAAGGGGGCGGGCGUGGGCGUGAGGGAGGGUUGGGCCAGGCUGGAGAAGCGCUCCGGGGUGAGGUCCCGGGGGGAUUGCGGGGACCGGCCUCUAGGUGGAAGUCCCCGGGGGCGGGAGUUGAGGGGAUUGAGAGACGCCCGCAGAGCUUUAGGACCGGACGGGUGGGGGGAGCGGGAACGCCGAGGUGAAAGCCGAAGGGCUGGCAAGGGGAGGGGCGCAGACCCUGAGAGUUUGGCCCGUCGGGAGGAGAGUACCCUUUCUCACAGGACCCGGAGGCGGCGGCGGCGGGGCCACCGGGCUGCCCUAGUGAGGGUGUGGGUCCUGCUGGGGUCUGCCUCCCGGUGGACGGCUCCUUGGAGUCGGGGGCUGCACUUCUGA